UUCAAAUUUUACGCACCUGUCAGAAGCCAUUCUUUUGUUAGUGGAGCCGGUUUCUUUGAAGUUUUCUUUGCCGUAUCUCUCAACGCAGAAAAUGGCACCACAGACUAAACGGACAUUAGAAGAGGGUGAAUCACUCUUAGAGGGUGUUAAAGCACUUGUUCUAGAUAUUGAGGGCACAAUCACACCAAUAUCGUUUGUAAAGGAUAAACUGUUUCCAUAUGUGAGUGAGAAUUUAGAGUCUUACUUGUCUACAAGAUAUGAUGAAGAUGAAUGUCAAGCUGAUAUUGAAGCAUUGAGAGCACUGGCAACAAAAGAUAAAGGGGAAGGUAAAGAUGUUGUUGAGAUACCUGCAAAAGAAGAAGGCAAUAAAGAUGAUGUUAUAAAAGCAGUUGUUAGUAAUGUCAAGGCACAAAUGGAUGCUGACAGGAAAUCAACAGAAUUAAAAGAUUUACAAGGUCAUGUUUGGAGGGAUGCCUAUAAACAAAAAAAGAUUGAGGGAGAAUUAUUUGAAGAUGUUGCCCCGGUAUUACAGCAGAUAGCAGAGGAAGAUUUUAUGUUGUUUAUUUAUUCAUCAGGAAGUAUAGAAGCUCAAAAAUUACUCUUAGCUCACACAGCUGAUGGUGAUAUCACAGAUAUGUUUAUGGGUUUCUUUGAUACAACACAAGGAUCUAAAACAGAAAGUGAUAGUUAUAAGAAAAUACAGAAACUUAUCUCGGAGGAACAGGAAGUGCAAGCAGAAGAAAUUUUAUUUCUUACAGAUAGUCCUGCAGAGGCUAAGGCAGCAUGUGUAGCAGGUUGGCAGGCAGUGUUGGUGGACAGAUCUAUGGAACAAGAAGAUGGUAUAGAACUUACAGCAGAAGAUAAACAGAACUUUAUGGUGAUAGAUAAUCUUAAUGAUUUGUUUGGUGAGGACGAUGAUGAUGAGGAAGCAUAUGCUCAGCAAGUUAAGCGUGCACGUAUGGAAGGAAAUGGAGAGUUUGAUGGUGAAGAUGAUGAUGAUGACGACGACGACGAGGGAUUAGAUGGUGAGGAUGACGAGGCAGCACCGGCAGAUUUUGGCGAGGAGGAAGACGACGGAGGCGAGGAUGAUGAAGAAGAGGAAGCAUGAAACCGCAGCUAAAACUUUCAAGAUUAAAAUGGCAUAUUUAACAUGGCAAAGUCAAGGAGUGUGUAAAGUAACCACAUAUCUUUUCAAUAUGUGUGAUCAAUGAUAUUAGCGGAAAUAAUCUGUAUUCUUAAGGGUGUUAGCCAUUUAAUAUGUGAAAGAGAUUUUAGCAUUUGUUCUUUAUUUCUAUACAUUACUUACAUAGUCAUUUUACAAACCAUUUCAAAACCUAGAUUGUGACUUUAAAUUUUGUAGUCAUAAAUUUUGCGAUGUCUCACAUCGUUUAAUUGUAAUUUUAUAGUGAUCUCGGUAAACUUUGGAAUUUUUUUCCGUCAAAUUUUGUACUGUUACAUCUACAACAAAUCAUAAAUACAGCGUUCUUGAAAGUGUAUGAUUAAACAAUGUUAAUGCACUUAAGUUUUGGUCCUGUUUGUUGUUUUUCUGUUCAUGUAUUAUUAAACAUUGUUAUUGCCAGCAAAUCAAGUUAUUGAACACAUGUUUGUGACACUAGUGUCGUUAUAAGUUCAUGUAUUGUUGUAAUUAUGUGGAGAAUCAGGGAGAUAUCAUCACCUAACAUUGUAUACAUCCAGCUACCACACAUACAUCACCAAAACCUAGUUUUAAACUAUAUGUCAUAUUUGUCAACAUUUAAAGGAUAGUUUCAGCUCUUUGGUCAUCUUCAAGUGAUCAAAUUUCCAGUUUUCUUGGCUAUAUUAGUCCCAAAUGAAGAUAUUUUAAGCUUCAAUUAUGUCUACUCCCUUAUUUUAUAUCAAUUUGAUAUCAAAUAAAUAGCAUUUUUUUCUAUUUGAAAGUACAAUAUAUAAGAAACUUACGUUCUUGUUUAUAUUUUGUUAAGGUUGUUGAUCUUAUAUACAUAUUAACAAUAUAAUUAUUAGCGUCCACUGUUGAAUGUUACAGCUUUUUAUUUUUUUCUAUUUUAUUGGUGCUGUCUUUAAAUAAUUAAGUAUAGGAUUUUUUUUAUUCACUAUUAUCUUUUACAUCAGCUCUGCAAAUAAUAUUCUUCUUAAGUGUUAUUUAUUAACAAUCAUGUCUUAUUUAUAAGUUUAUGAAAUAAUUUCCUUAAAUUUUGACCUGAAUUGUAAAUAAAGGUUUUAUAUGUUGACAUAUAAAUACUGAUUUUUUUAUGAAGUGUCUUUAUAACAUCACAGCAUUCUUUUUUUUUUACAUGUGAUGUAAGUUGUUUUUUUGUGUAUUCAUGUAUUUUAAAUUAUUUUUUGAUUUUUAUUGUCAUUUUGGUGUAAAAGCUUCACCUUGUUUACACAUAACAAAUCAUGAAUAGUACAAUAUGAAUUGUGAUGAUAUUAACUCUUCCUACUAUGUUUGUAUAAUGAACCCCACUUGCUUUAACAUUGAAACUGUCCAUGAUUGAUAUCGGGCAAUUCAGGUUCAAUAUAUAAAAUCACUAGUGUUCACUAGCCUGGCUAUAUUCACUGACAGCACAGCUCAGUGAUGUGGCAUCAUCGCUUGAAACAUUAUUUCUGUACUAUUGAAGACUUGUGUCUUGUUAUAAUAUGGUUGUCAAGUUUUACACCCAGAUGACAUGUAUUUUGUAAUAAACCAAGCACAUAAAGUACCAAUUUAUCAUCAUGUUGAAAUGUUUCUGUAUCACAUAAUUCUGUGAGGGGGCAUCUCACAUGUAAGAUUUUGUAAAUACCUUGUUGUUGUAUGUAUGCACAGUGUGAAUGUUAUGUGAUUUAUGUAUAUAUAUAUUUUGGAGGUGUGUCUCAUGUUUUAAGUAGAAAAAUUAAUUUUUAUAGAAGUGUUUUAUACUUGUUCAUUUGUCUGUCUGGGACAUUAAAAAAAAGGAAGUUUUGAUGAUUGAUAAUCAGAAAACACACAACUUAUGUCAAACAGUUAUUUCAGUAGCUUGUUUUAUUGUGGUUGUCUUCAGUGGACAGUGUCUGUAUCACAGUUUUAUGACAUUUGAUACAUUUUCUAUUGGCCAAUUUGUUUAUUAAAAAUCAACACAUUUUUUAGGGGAGCGGUGGCCUAGUGGUUAGGCUGUCUGCCUCUCAACCCUUGGAUCAUGGGUUCGAGCCCUAAUUGGGUCACGACCAUGUAUCUUCAUAUGACACCUGUCACUAGUACUGGUUGGUUCCAGGAAACAGACUCGAAAGUGAUUAAUAUAAGUUCUAAGAACUUGUUUCACAAUCAAGCUUAAAUAAAUCUGUUUAAACUAACAAAUUUGUUUAAAAGAUUGUAAGAUGUUUACUUCUUUUCUGGCUAAUAUAAAAUUUAUGUGCUUAUUUUUACAUUUUAUAUGAAGUCUUAAUUUCAUAUUUUGUUUAAUGGCAUUUUAUAUGUUUUUAACUUCAGUUUUUAGAAGAAUAUUGAAACAAUGGCAGCAAUAUUGAUACCCUAUUUUCUAAUGAACAUGUUUUAAAAUAACAUAAUUUUUCUAUAGAAUUUUACUUUUCUUUAUUGAGAAAAAUCCGAAAUGUUGUCCUGAAUAAAGAGAUACUUUAAUAUCUAAUAUGUAUGUGAAUGUUUUUGAUGUUAUCUUAUAACUGAGUGUUUUUGUACAGAAAACUUACCCAUGUCUGUAUUAGACUGUGUUCAAACCUGGGAUAUGUGUAAUUAGUCAUGUGACAUAAGAUGUGUCAAAUAAAAUGUAGAUCUUUUC